UCGCCGCCGCCGCUGCCCGUGCUGCCACCGCCUUCUCUUUCUUGGCCACCGCUUCCUCCUCCUCCUGCUCGGGCUGCCUUGGGGCCAGACGUGUACCCAUGCUCCUGUCCCGUCCGGGGCCGCCGCCGCUGCCCGACUCUGUAGACUGCUGAGAAGACUUACCAGCCAGUCAGUCACAUAAGCAUAUUCCAGAAAGGUGGUACUGAUGGAGGAGGAACAGGAUUUACCAGAGCAGCCAGUGAAGAAAGCCAAGAUGCAAGAGUCAGGAGAGCAAGCUUUGAGUCAAGUGAGCAACCCUGAAGGCAGUGAUCAGAAACCUGAAACUUCAAGCCUUGCUUCAAACCUUACCAUGUCAGAUGAAAUUAUGACAUGUGCUGAUUACAUCCCCCGAUCAUCAAAUGAUUAUACCUCACAGAUGUAUUCUGCAAAACCUUAUGCACAUAUCCUCUCAGUCCCUGUAUCGGAGACUGCUUACUCUGGCCAGACUCAAUACCAGACACUUCAGCAGUCUCAACCCUAUGCUGUCUACCCUCAGGCUACCCAAACCUAUGGACUACCUCCUUUUGGUGCAUUGUGGCCAGGUAUGAAACCUGAAAGUGGUUUAAUUCAGACUCCAGCUCCAAGUCAACACAGUGUUCUUACCUGCACUACAGGGCUAACCACAGGCCAGCCAAGCCCAGCACAUUACUCUUAUCCCAUUCAAGCUUCAAGUACCAAUGCCAGCCUGAUCUCCUCUUCAUCCACAAUUGCCAAUAUUCCAGCAUCAGCAGUUGCCAGCAUCUCAAACCAGGACUACCCUACAUACACCAUCCUUGGCCAGAGUCAGUACCAGGCAUGCUACCCCAGCUCCAGCUUUGGGGUCACAGGCCAGAACAACAGUGACCCUGAGAACCCCACGUUAGCAGCAGCCACAUACCAGACUGAAAAGCCCAGCGUCAUGGUGCCUGCACCAGCAGUACAGAGACUUUCCUCUGGAGAUCCUUCUUCAAGCCCAUCUCUGUCUCGGGGUACUCCAAGUAAAGACACUGAAGAGCAAUCUAGGAAAAAUACACCUGCCAAGAACCGAGGCAAGAGGAGAGCUGAUGCUGCACCUGCCCAGGACAGUGAGCUGGAACGGGUGUUUCUCUGGGACUUGGAUGAAACCAUCAUCAUCUUCCAUUCUCUUCUCACGGGAUCCUAUGCUCAAAAGUAUGGAAAGGACCCAACAGUUGUUAUUGGCUCAGGUUUAACAAUGGAAGAAAUGAUUUUUGAAGUGGCUGACACACAUCUCUUUUUCAAUGACUUGGAGGAAUGUGACCAAGUGCAUGUUGAAGAUGUGGCAUCUGAUGACAAUGGGCAGGACUUGAGCAACUAUAGUUUCUCCACGGAUGGUUUCAGCGGCUCAGGAGGUGGUGCAGGUCAUGGCUCUUCUGUGGGUGUGCAGGGGGGAGUGGAUUGGAUGAGGAAGCUGGCCUUCCGAUAUCGAAAAGUGAGAGAAAUCUAUGACAAACACAAAAGCAACGUAGGUGGCCUUCUCAGUCCCCAGAGAAAGGAAGCACUUCAGAGACUAAGAGCAGAAAUUGAAGUCUUAACUGAUUCCUGGCUGGGAACAGCACUAAAGUCUUUACUUCUCAUCCAAUCCAGAAAGAAUUGUGUGAAUGUCUUGAUCACCACCACCCAGUUGGUGCCUGCCCUAGCCAAGGUCCUUCUGUAUGGCUUGGGAGAAGUUUUCCCCAUCGAGAACAUCUACAGUGCCACUAAGAUCGGUAAGGAGAGCUGCUUCGAGAGAAUUGUGUCUCGCUUUGGCAAGAAAGUUACGUAUGUAGUGAUCGGAGAUGGACGGGAUGAGGAAAUUGCAGCCAAACAGCACAACAUGCCCUUCUGGCGAAUCACAAACCACGGAGACCUUGUGUCACUCCACCAAGCCUUGGAACUGGAUUUCCUAUAAGGAUGGGAGCUGAGGUGCCAGCCCCAUGAGCCCUUCUCCCUCCCCAUGGGGGCUAGAGACGGGGGAAAGAUGGGAACUCUCCUCUCCUCGGGACGAGAUGCAAGCCCAGCCGGAGCCCAGAGCAGGAAGGGACAGUUUGUUUUCUCCAGGAGGGGGAUCCAUCCCAGGGCAUCUUGGUACAGGCAGGAAUCAGAUGGAGAGAACAGCCAUCUCACCCUAGCUGCAGUGAUUUAAUUCUUCUAUUUUUGUUUUCUUUUCAAAAAGAAAAAAAUCCCUGAGGCAGAGUUGUGCUCAAAUGUAGUGUGUGGUGGGAAAACACAGUGCUACGAUCUUGUGGUAAAUAGGUUAGAAGCAGAA